AACCUGGUGAGCAUGGACAGCUCGAUGCUGCCAAGCAGGAGUGGAGCACAGCUCCCGCCGCGUUUGACGCUCUUGCCUAGCAUCACCGCCUACAAGCUCCCAACACCAAACCCCAGCCCAUCGCCAUUCGCCUCUCCAGGACGCCGUGUGUACUUCCAGAAGCUGCACGCUCUCGCCAGAACUCGACCCACGGCUCCAAAUCCCCACACAUCCCCGCAGACCGCCCACCAUGGCCGGCUUCGACUUCUCCAACCACAACCGCAAUGCCGCCCUCCACGCCCAGGGCGUGCCACUGCCCAAGGCGACAAGCACAGGGACGACCAUCGUGGGCGCUCUCUUCGACGGCGGUGUGGUGAUCGCAGCAGACACACGGGCAACCAGCGGGCCCAUAGUAGCAGACAAGAACUGCGAGAAGCUGCACUACAUCGCCCCGCACAUCUGGUGUGCAGGCGCGGGAACCGCAGCGGACACCGAGUUCACCACGGCCAUCAUCUCGUCGAACCUCGAGCUGCACGCCCUCAGUACCGGGCGCAAGUCGCGCGUCGUCACGUGCAUGACGAUGCUGAAGCAGCACCUGUUCCGCUACCAAGGCCACAUCGGCGCGUACCUGGUCAUCGCCGGCGUCGACCCCACAGGCGCCCACCUCUUUACCGUGCACGCGCACGGCUCCACCGACAAGCUGCCCUACGUGACCAUGGGCUCCGGUUCGCUGGCCGCCAUGUCCGUCUUCGAGACGCAGUGGAAGCCGGACCUGACACGCGACGAGGCGGUGAAGCUGUGCGCCAACGCCAUCGAGGCUGGUAUCUGGAACGACUUGGGCUCGGGAAGCAACGUCGACGUGGCGGUGAUUACCGAGGAGAAGACGACGCUGAUGCGCAACUACAUCACGCCUAACACAAGGGAGUCGAAGCAGCGCAACUACCGGUUCCAGAAGGGCACGACAGCGGUGUUGAACGAGAAGAUCAUCACAAAGGAGGAGAUCAGCAAGUAUGUCACAGUGUCGGAGCUCAAGGACGAGCAGGUCACGGCGACGGCCGAGACGAUGGACGUCGACACAUAGGGUCGCAAAGGGAUCGGUGCGACGGCAGUGUGCGGAGUGACGAGACAAACGGCGUUAUGCAUGAAGACAUGUACUGUAACAAGCCGGAUAGACGAGGCAAUACGAUCACGACUAUGACAUGACAUGACCUUCACAUCUCCUUCCUUGCUUCGUCUCGUCGCAUGGAGUAUCCUCCCGUCUAAUCGAACAGUCUCCCGCUUUUUCCCGCUUUUGCCAAACGCCCAUACUCCUCGCCAAACACGCACAGC